UCCUUCAUUAGUGCUCCCCUCUCUACCAUGCCCACAUGGAGAGAACUCUAAAUUAGUCUCCUUGCCUAUUUUUAUAUCAACCUCAUGCUUGAAGGCUUUGUUUGUCAGAGUUCAAGGCCACCACAACACUAGUUUGAGAGGAGGCUUGACUACCAUAUAAUAAUAAAAACAAAUACAAAGAGAGGCAGAGAGUGAAAGUCAUUGGGAGCCAUGAUGGGAAGAAAACAAGAGAGGGUUUGAAUGCCAAGACUGGACUGUAUUAUGAUCACUAGGAAGGAAGAAGACAACCAAGCCAAUGUACUCAGAUACAGACAGGUCUAGAUGAGGGAUCACAGCUCCAAACUUCCAAAGAAAUGGCUUCUAGCUACUCUAAUCCCUGUCCAAUCAUUGUUUUCUUUGUUGGCUUCCUCUUCCUUGCUCCCAUUUCUCCAGCAUUCUCUUCUUCAUCUCUGGUGAACACCACACUGAGGCCUGGUGAAGAGCUGUUGAAGUUUAGGAGGAUAAGAGCUCAUCUCAAGAGGCUCAACAAGCCUUCACUAAAGACAAUUCAGAGUCCUGAUGGUGAUAUGAUAGACUGUGUUCCUUCUCAUCUCCAGCCAGCCUUUGAUCAUCCUAUGCUCAAAGGACAGAAGCCAUUGGAUCCACCUGAGAGGCCAAAAGGUAAUAAAAACCCAAGUGAUAUCAUGGAAGAGAGCUUCCAAAGAUGGAGGAUGUCUGGAGAAUCAUGCCCUGAAGGAACUGUUCCAAUUAAGAGAACCAAAGAAGAAGAUAUCUUGAGAGCAAGCUCAGUUAGGAGAUUUGGCAGGAAGCCUGCAACUAGUCUUAGGCGUGAUUCAACAAGCAGUGGUCAUGAGCAUGCAGUGGGUUAUGUGAUGGGAGACCAAUACUAUGGUGCAAAGGCCAGUCUUAAUGUUUGGGCACCCAAAGUAACCAGUCCAUCUGAGUUCAGCUUGUCACAGAUAUGGGUCAUCUCUGGUUCCUUUGGAGAUGAUCUUAACACCAUUGAAGCUGGAUGGCAGAUUAGCCCACAAUUAUAUGGAGAUGAUUGUCCAAGGUUCUUCACUUACUGGACUACGGAUGCAUACCAAGCAACAGGAUGCUACAACCUCUUGUGCUCUGGUUUUGUGCAAACAAACAACAAGAUUGCCAUCGGUGCCGCCAUCUCCCCGACAUCCAGUUACACCGGAGGCCAAUUCGAUAUCAGCCUGCUUGUUUGGAAGGAUCCAAAGCAUGGGAAUUGGUGGCUGGAGUUUGGAUCAGGAUUGUUGGUUGGUUACUGGCCAUCAUUCUUAUUCAGUCACUUAGCAGAGCAUGCAAGCAUGGUGCAAUUUGGUGGAGAAAUUGUGAAUACAAGGACAUCAGGAUUUCACACGUCAACUCAGAUGGGAAGUGGUCAUUUUGCUGGUGAAGGUUUUGGCAGAGCCUCAUACUUUAGGAACAUGCAAGUUGUUGACUGGGAUAACAGUCUGGUCCCAUUAACAAAUCUGAGAGUUUUGGCUGAUCAUCCAAAUUGUUAUGAUAUACAAGGAGGGAUUAAUGGUGUUUGGGGUAAUUAUUUUUACUAUGGAGGCCCUGGAAGAAAUGUCAGAUGCCCUUGAUGACUUUUU